CCAGCGGAAUUUCCCCACAAACCUUUUCCCUUUUAAACCCCUCUCCUCUUUAUAUUUUUCCUUGGCUGCCAGUUUGUUCUCUACUUGACCACCACUGUAUCUGCGGGUGAAAGUUCCAGAAAAUCUUCUGCGGCGCGCGCUCGAUCUCUCCUCAGGUUGUUCGGUACUUCGUUGCAAUCUAGUAACUGCCGCUGCUUAAAGUAGUUAAUCAAACAUGAGUGUGGUUGGUUUUGAUUUUGGGAAUGAGAGCUGUGUUGUUGCUGUUGCAAGGCAACGAGGUAUUGAUGUUGUGCUUAAUGAUGAGUCCAAGCGUGAAACUCCUGCUCUGGUGUGCUUUGGCGACAAGCAGCGGUUUCUUGGGACGGCUGGAGCAGCAUCAAGUAUGAUGAAUCCAAAAAAUACAAUAUCUCAGAUAAAGAGGCUGAUUGGGCGCCAGUUCUCAGACCCUGAGCUGCAGCGUGACCUCAAAUCAUUGCCCUUCCUGGUGACUGAAGGGCCUGAUGGUUAUCCUUUGAUACAUGCUCGGUAUUUGGGAGAAAAUAGAACAUUUACUCCUACUCAGGUAUUGGGGAUGGUGUUCUCUGAUUUAAAGAUCAUAGCUGAAAAGAAUUUGAAUGCAGCGGUUGUAGAUUGCUGCAUUGGUAUACCUGUUUACUUCACUGACCUUCAGAGGAGAGCUGUUAUGGAUGCUGCUACAAUUGCUGGCUUACACCCUCUUCGUCUUUUUCAUGAGACUACUGCUACUGCUCUUGCUUAUGGUAUCUAUAAGACUGACCUACCUGAAAAUGAACCCUUGAAUGUUGCUUUUGUUGACGUUGGCCAUGCUAGCUUGCAAGUGUGUAUUGCUGCCUUCAAGAAAGGUCAGUUGAAGAUAUUGGCCCAUUCUUUUGAUCGGUCUCUUGGCGGACGAGAUUUUGAUGAAGUGCUUUUCCAGCAUUUUGCUGCAAAAUUCAAGGAUGAAUAUAAGAUUGAUGUCUAUCAGAAUGCCAGGGCUUGCCUGAGGCUUCGUGCUGCAUGUGAGAAGUUGAAGAAGGUUCUCAGUGCAAAUCCCGAGGCACCUCUGAACAUUGAGUGCUUGAUGGAUGAAAAGGAUGUCAGAGGCUUCAUUAAGAGAGAUGAAUUUGAACAAAUUAGCAUCCCGAUUCUGGAGCGUGUCAAAAAGCCAUUGGAGAAGGCUCUCGCAGAAGCUGGAUUGACUGUUGAGAACAUACAUUCAGUUGAGGUUGUUGGUUCAGGCUCUCGGGUCCCUGCUAUUAUGAAGAUCUUGACUGAGUUCUUUGGAAAAGAGCCUAGGCGAACAAUGAAUGCCAGUGAAUGUGUCGCCAAAGGUUGUGCUUUGCAAUGUGCUAUCCUUAGUCCUACGUUUAAAGUGCGAGAAUUCCAGGUUACUGAGAGCUUUCCUUUCCCCAUUGCUUUGUCAUGGAAAGUUCCUGCCUCAGAUGCUCAAAAUGGAUCAACAGAUAAUCAGCAAAGUACCGUUGUAUUUCCGAAGGGUAAUCCGAUACCAAGUGUAAAGGCGCUGACUUUCUACAGAUCUGGCACCUUCACAUUGGAUGUGCAAUAUGCUGAUGUCAGUGAAUUGCAGGCACCCGCAAAGAUUAGCACUUACACGAUUGGACCCUUCCAAUCCACAAAAGGUGAGAGGGCAAAAUUGAAAGUCAAAGUACGACUGAAUCUUCACGGUAUUGUGUCGAUUGAAUCAGCUACGCUGUUGGAAGAGGAGGAAAUAGAAGUUCCAGUUGUAAACGAGUCCUCAAAGGAAUCUACUAAAAUGGAAACGGAUGAGGUCCCUGCUGAUCCUGCUCCAGCAAGCACCACCGAAAGCGAUGUUAAUAUGCAAGAUGCUAAACCUGAUGGUGCUGCUGCUGAAAAUGGUGUACCGGAGUUGGGAGAUAAGCCUGUUCAGAUGGAAACAGAUGGCAAGGUGGAGGCUCCAAAGAAAAAGGUAAAGAAAACAAAUGUGCCUGUAUCAGAGAUUGUCUAUGGAGGACUUGCUGCUGCAGAUGUACAGAAAGCUGUGGAGAAGGAAUUUGAGAUGGCUUUACAGGAUCGUGUAAUGGAGGAAACCAAAGACAAAAAGAAUGCUGUUGAGGCUUAUGUUUAUGACAUGAGGAAUAAGCUUCAUGACAAGUAUCACGAGUUCGUGAAGGAGUCGGAGAGAGAGCAGUUUAUUGCCCGACUCCAGGAGGUAGAAGACUGGUUGUAUGAGGAUGGAGAGGAUGAAACCAAAGGCGUAUAUAUUGCAAAGCUGCAGGAGCUCAAGAAACAAGGUGAUCCCAUAGAGGAGCGUUACAAGGAACAUUCAGAGAGGGGAUCUGUGAUUGACCAACUCAUUUAUUGCAUUAACAGUUACAGGGAAGCAGCAAUGUCGAGUGACCCCAAAUUCGAUCACAUUGAUAUGGCAGAAAAGCAAAAGGUCUUAAAUGAAUGUGUGGAAGCUGAAGCUUGGCUAAGAGAGAAAAAGCAGCACCAGGAUUCACUUCCCAAGCAUGAGACACCAGUUCUUUUGUCUGCUGAUGUGAGGAAAAAGGCUGAAGCCGUAGACAGGUUCUGCAGGCCAAUAAUGAUGAAACCAAAGCCGGCCAAGCCAGCUACUCCUGAGGCACCCUCGCCAGCCUCCUCCCAAGGGGGUGACGCACAAUCUCAAGGGACGGAGAAUGUGCACUCCAGCCCUGGCCAAAAUGCCAAUGCAGGUGAUAGUGCAGGGUCAGGAAACGAAGUACCACCAGCUGCUGCAGAGCCUAUGGAGACAGACAAAUCGGAGAGUGCUCCAAGCUCUGCUUAAGUUGGUAAAGCAUUUGUCACACCACAUAUUAUGCUGUGCUCCUCUGUACGAUGAGGAUUACUUGAAUUUGGGACUUUCUAAUGGACUAUGGCUGCUGUGAAAUCUUUGGUGAUGGAAUUGUUUGGAUUAUGUCUCCAUAUAUUUCAGAGGUGGCAAUUUAUACUAUUAAUAGGUGGGGUCUUUGUAAUCCUGUUUUUGAGAAAGGGUUUUGUAAGAAAUAGCCUGAUGACUAUUGAUCCUCCUUUGUUUAUUCAGUCUUUGUUCACAGAAAAGGAUAUUACCCCGUGGUCUCAAUGUUGACUCUUUCUGAUUUUUCCCCCCAAAUUCCAUGUGGUCUUUCUGUGUAUGCAAAUUUUGUGUUAUUUUAUGGAACUACAAUUCAUGGAACUCAGUAAUGCGGAGUUCAAUUUGGUCUUU